AUCGGACCCUUUUGUGCGAGCCAGACUGACGGUCAACAUAGCGCCUUCUUCCUCUUUUCCUGUGCAACAGUUUGUGUUCGCUCCUUCGCGAUUUGAAGCAGAGAGAAAGAGUCGCGUAUUGCUAGGGUUCUGGGUCACUCAUAGGGCUUCAUUAGUCAUGGUUCUCCUACAGCCAGAUCCUUUUCUGAAUGAACUCACAAGCAUGUUCGAACGCAGCACUGAAAAAGGCUCCGUUUGGGUUACACUUAAACGAUCAUCAUUGAAGUCCAAGGUAAAAAGGAAUAAAAUGGUAACUGCUGGUGAGCCCAUUGAGUAUAGGUGUCUUAUCCGUGCUACUGAUGGAAAGAAGACAAUCUCUACUUCGGUUGGGCCAAAGGAUCAUCAGCGUUUUCAAUCUUCUUAUGCAACCAUUCUCAAGGCUCACAUGACUUCUUUAAAGAAAAAGGAGAGGAAGGACAGGAAGAAGACUGUAGAUGCUGAUAAGAAAGACUCAGGCUCUAAGAAGCCCAAGAGGGUGUGAACCCAUCUAGUUAGGCUCCUGUGCCUGUAUACCCAGGUAAAGUCCCAUUCCUCACCCAUCCGCUUUUCUGCAAAUGGAAUAUUACUGGGAUUCCCCACCUUUUUCUUUCUGGGAAAUGUGAAAAGAUUAUUAUGAGUGUUAGAAACUGUGCAGAGGUUGAGGAACAUGGGUUUUUUCUUUAUUCAGAUGAAUUCUGAAAGGAUGUUGAAAUCCUCCAUUGGGGUUAAAUUUUUGCCAAUAAUUGUUAAGAUCUUGCUUAUAACCUAUUUAUUAUACAAGCUUCAACUUUCUACAGAA